GUUUUCGUUUCCAAGCGGGUUGCUUCUCAGUAGAUAGAGUUAGGAGAAGAAGUAUAGUUGUAAAAAAUUAUGGCGAUGGAAGAGCCGCUGCUGGUUAAUUUGGAGAAAGACGAUGUGACGGUGAGCCGCGAAGUGUUUAUUGAAGAGGUGAAAGAGGCGAGUCGCAUAGCUUUGCCUAUGAUAGUGGUAACAGUGUCACAGUACCUUUUGCGUGUUUCGCCAAUGAUUAUGUUAGGUCACCUUGGUGAACUUUCACUUUCUAGUGCUUCUAUUGCUACUUCACUUUGCAAUGUUACCGGUUACAGUGUCCUUUUUGGAAUGUCUAGUGCACUGGAGACUCUAUGUGGGCAGGCCUAUGGAGCAAGACAAUAUCGAAAAGUUGGAACUUUUUCUUAUAGUGCUAUUAUUUGUCUGUUUCUGGUAUGCAUACCAGUCUCUGUUCUGUGGAUCUUCACGGAUAAACUUCUUAUAUUGAUGGGCCAAGAUCCUUCCAUAGCAACUGAAGCUGGAAAAUACGCAAUUUGGCUUAUUCCUACACUAUUUCCAUAUGCUAUUCUUCAGUCACUUGUCCGGUAUCUGCAGGCACAGAGUUUAAUUCUACCAAUGCUUUUAAAUGCAGUUGCAUCUUUAUGCUUCCAAGUGACAAUUUGUUGGGCUUUUAUAUUCAAAUUGAAUUUAGGGAUUGUGGGAGCAGCAUUGUCAAUUGGUUUAUCCUAUUGGUUGAAUGUGAUCUUGCUUAUGCUUUACGUGAAGUACUCAUCGGCUUGUGAAAAGACUCGAGCUUCAUUCUCUACGGAUGUUUUCCUGACUAUAGGGGACUUCUUCCGUCUUGCAAUCCCAUCUGCUGUAAUGGUUUGCUUGGAAUGGUGGUCAUUUGAGCUAAUCAUUCUGCUCUCUGGUCUGUUGCCAAAUCCGAUGCUAGAGACUUCUGUUCUUUCCAUAUGCUUUACAACUACUUCUGUGCACUACCAUAUACCUUAUUCUUUCGGUGCUGCAGCAAGUACUCGGGUUUCAAAUGAGCUUGGAGCUGGGAGGCCACAGGCGGCAAAAAUUGCUCUUGUUGCUGUGAUAGUUCUUUCUGCCACUGAGGUUGUUCUUGCAAGUAUAACUCUAUUUGUGGUCCGCGAUGUAUGGGGCUAUGCGUUUACUUAUGAGAAAGAAGUGGCCACUUAUGUUGCAGAAAUUACUCCUAUUCUUUGCAUAUCAAUUAUCAUGGACGGCACCCAAGCUGUACUAUCAGGAGUUGCCAGAGGAAGCGGGUGGCAGCAUAUUGGUGCCUAUGUGAACCUUGGAGCAUAUUAUUUGGUUGGAAUUCCCGCGGCUCUAUUACUUGGAUUUGUAUUGCAUCUAAAUGGCAAGGGUCUUUGGAGUGGAUUGGUGUCUGGAGCAGCUGUGCAAUCUAUUUCACUCUCCCUUGUCACCAGCUUCACCAAUUGGGAAAAACAGGCCAUUGAAGCAAGACACAGAAUUUUUAGUGAAAAGCUUGCUGGAGAAAAUCAGCUCAUUGAAUGACAGGACAGGCAAGAUGCUAUAAUAGAGAGUUAAUAUCCUAAAAGGUCACUCAACUAUGAGAAUUUAUCUAGUAGAUUCAUUGAACUUUGAUUUGUAUUAUUAAAAUUACUCUAACUUAAGAUUUUUCUUUUCAAUAAUCACUCGAGUACAUUUAUCAUUAGAAUAAAUAUAUAUAAUAUAACAAAAUAAUUUUUUUUAAUACUCUUUUAAUUC